AUGGAGGCCAAAGAGGUGAAGGGAAGCUUGGAUGACCGGAGCAGGUACUCCGCCGGCCCUGGGAGGGAGCCCUCCGGGAUAAUUGAAGCUAUCUGCAUAGGCUGGUUCACCGCAGAGUGCAUCGUGAGGUUCAUCGUCUCCAAAAACAAGUGUGAGUUUGUCAAGAGACCCCUGAACAUCAUUGACUUACUGGCAAUCACACCCUAUUACAUCUCUGUGCUAAUGACAGUGUUCACAGGCGAGAACUCUCAACUCCAGAGGGCUGGAGUCACCUUGAGGGUCCUCAGAAUGAUGAGGAUCUUCUGGGUGAUUAAGCUGGCCCGGCACUUCAUUGGUCUGCAGACAUUGGGUUUGACUCUCAAGCGAUGCUACCGAGAGAUGGUUAUGUUGCUUGUCUUCAUCUGUGUUGCCAUGGCGAUCUUUAGUGCACUUUCUCAGCUUCUUGAACAUGGGUUGGACCUGGAAACAUCCAACAAGGACUUCGCCAGCAUCCCCGCUGCCUGCUGGUGGGUGAUAAUCUCCAUGACUACAGUUGGCUAUGGAGAUAUGUAUCCUAUCACAGUGCCUGGAAGAAUUCUUGGAGGAGUUUGUGUUGUCAGUGGGAUUGUUCUGUUGGCAUUGCCUAUCACUUUCAUCUACCAUAGCUUUGUACAGUGUUAUCACGAGCUCAAGUUUAGAUCAGCUAGAUAUAGUAGGAGCCUCUCGGCUGAGUUUCUGAAUUAA